AUGAGUUUAGCGUCCCAGCAUCUCUCAGAUGAAUAUGAAGUCAGGGAGAUCAAGAGGAACAACCCUAGAUUAAAAAUCGUGGGCAUUUCUGAAAGCAUGUCUCUAGACGAAUUGCACUCUAAUUUGAUUGCGCAGAACAUUGUACUUAAGAACUCCAGUGAAUGUAAAGUGCUGAAACUAUGGCCUACUAAGAAAUCACCCGGAGUUUUUCAAGCUAUAGUUGAUGUUGAUAACACUACUGCCUUCUAUAAACCUUACCUGAUGCGAGUGGUACGCCUGAUGAGCUCUGUAGUAGUCGUGAUAGUGCGGUUGAUGUUGAACGACAGGGGGCACGGGUACGGGUUGCAGUUGCGGCGGCCCCCCAUUGGCCAUCAUUCUGAACCUGAACGGACUGUGGACGGGACAAGCGGCUGCGGCGUUGACAGCAGCGGCCACCGCGGUCUCCGUUGCGGCACCUGGGUGAUGAUGAUGGUGCCUGAAGGGCCCGCCCACCGGCGUAACAGGGUCAGAGCUCCUCCCGCCGGGCGGUGGCCAAGAGCCAGCCAUCGCGGAGGUGGAGCCCCAGUUGCCACACCCAUGAUGCUGUUGCGCCGCCCCCGCUGGGUGGUGGUAAUGGUACUGCUGCUGAGCCGGGUGGUCCAGCUGGCACGCGCAACAGUCGCAACGCGCCACGCCCAAUGGCAACGCCGUUAUCCUUGCGUUUAA